CUCUUUAUGUGACCCUCUGCCUCCCCCCUCCUCUCCCCCUCAGCCAAAAUAAUAAAAUGCUGACUUCUCAAAGUGCUGAACAUCAGUAUGCCUGUCUCAGCAUAGCAGCCCCCGAGGCCUGACAUACAGGAGAGAGAGAGGGGGAGAGAUAGGAAGAGAGGGAGAGAGAGAUAGAGGAGGGGGGUAAGAAAAAAGAGAAACAACUUUCUCCGGUUUCUAACUGCAGGCUCUGCCUUGCCGAGGGGCUUCAGCACUGCGCUUCUGUGAAGGUAGGUGUGAGGCUGCUUCCUCCUGUCUCUGUCAGUCUGUGUGUGGAGGGGUUUUCGAGGGGAGUCCUGGGGCCACGAUAGGCUCAUCCAGACUCUAAUCUUUCUUUCUUGGUUUUCCUGUUUGAGGUUCAACUUCAGUUAGGCAGAGCUCUACAUUUGAGGCUGUUUGUUGAAAAUGAGUGAAGUGAGCGGUUAAGUUUGGCGACUUAAAAUGGGACUAUAUAUCUUUUGUUUUGUAGCUGCGUCCACGGCUGCAGGGUUGAAGCUGUGUGACUGUGUGAAUGGCGCAAAAUAUGAAACACUGUCACUCAAAUGAAGCUCUCGGUUUGGUAUGUGUGGAGGGGUUAAGCCGUCCAAUAACGGUCUAUAGCAGUGCUGUCAGUUUGUCACCGAGGAUUUGGAGAUGUGUCCUCAGAGGACUAUAGACCCUGAAAUGUAGAGGUCAGGUUAAGUUUGCACAUCCACUUUAAUUUGGAUGCAUUAGUGUGACAUUUUUACACAUCACUGGAUUGAACAUCAUUGUGCAGAUUUGUCAAACAAGUUUUUAUUGUCAUGACAUGCACCACCUACAAAACAAUAACUCCACCUGUUGCAUCAUGAUGAGUUUUGCAGCGGUUGCAAACUCUCUCUCUCUUUUUAUAAUCAAAAUCUGAAUGUACAAGUCGUUCUCUGGGCCUCAAAGUGUUCCUCCGAGUCAGACUCAAGGAGCAACCCAAGCCGGGCUGGAUUCACACGGCUGGAAGUAGCUGACUUGUGAAGCUAAAAUUAAUCUGAGGGCAGAUCUUGGAAUGUUACACUCGGGCGGUAAGACGUGGAGAAGGCGACCUGUGGAGGGUGACAAAUCCUCUGAGCUGUCGGUCGCAACUCAGAGUUUAAAAGACCCUCUUCAGUCCUGCUCCGAGUGCACAGAUAAGACCUCUACCUGACGAAGAGGACAGAGAGCAAUAAAACCGAGAGAAAUGACUUCUUGGUUUAUUUUCCACAGAGGUAAAAACAAACUCCUUGGCACAGGAGCAGAGUGUAAAUCAUCCUGGAGCAUUUAUGGGUGUAUAACCUUUGUCACUGUGAAAUCUAAACCCUUGUAAUGGUGUUUGACUUGUAGAACACACGGUAACUCUUCACUGCGUCUUACUUUUGAAAUAGAACCUCCUGAUGGAUGAAGACAAUCAGACGUUAUGUGUCCACGUGAAGUAAAUCACGGUUUUAUUAGACGCACCACUAAAAUAAAAGCCCACUUUCUUUCUCUCAAGCUUUAACCCAUCUGUGCACCAAAACCACCAAGCUCCAGUGUAUUUGUCUUCGUAAUGAAAUCAGAGCUAAGCCCAAGCCUCGCAAUCUCUGAAUAGUUCGACUCCUGCGACCAAAUUCCUCGUGCACACGCCUGCAGAAACUCAACAGAUGGUUGCAGACGGAGGGGACCAAAUUGGUGGCAAUAAUCAGGGCGGUCGGAGCAGCUGUUUUAAACAUCGGCUACGUGACAUUUCUGACGUGUUAGGCGUUAACAUUGUGCUUCUCAUUAUCGCCUCACAGCUCAGAUCCAGUCACAUAAAAUUUACGCAUCAAGGAUACAUUCCCUUUGUUUGUGAGCGACGAAUUCAAGCAUGUGAUCAACAGGUCAGAGUUCGAACCAAAGUGAGGUGCCAUGUUUACCAAAAGAGCUUUUUUUUAAAGUGAUAUUUCCAUCUUGUUCGGUUCUGUGAAGUGUUGUGUCACUCUUUCAGACUUUGGAUGCUAUUGAAUAUUUAUACAUGACCCACUUUUGAGCUUUGGCCUCUCAGCUGUUUUGGAAAACUAAUGUGUCUGUAGCAUUAAUCUGGCAUGCAGCAUGACUCUCACUUGGGGAAUUAUGCCGGUCUUUGCCAGAGAACUGCAAACUGAAUUUUUUUUUGUCAUUAUACUGUAUGAGAUUUGCAUGCAGUGAAGUUGCUCUAUUGCACCUUCAACUUUGACCUCAUUGCCUCUACUGUGCAACCAUGGCUCAGAGUGUAAUAUGGUGAAAUGCAAUCUGCAUAAAUAGACAGAUUAUGAUAAAACUGUGGUGUUUAGAAACAGGGAUUUGCUAUAAUAAUAAUAAUAAUAAUAAUAAUAAUACAUUUUAUUCAAAGUCAAGAUCACCUUACAAGUCAAAGUUGAAAAAACGAACAGCAGUAUAGAAAAAUAGCAAAAAUAUGUUUUAGCAGGAGUCAGUGAAGCGAAGGACAGGAGUGAUGUGGUUAAUAGAGGAGGUUCUGGUUUUGAUGCAGUCUGCAGAGAUCUGGAUGGAGUUGAGAGGGAGACCAGCGAGAAGGGAGUUGCAGUUUUCAGUGUGUGAGAUAACCGGGGUGUGAACGAGAAUGGUGGCACUGUUGGGUGUGAAGGAUGAAUGGAGGUGAUUAAUGUUUGUAGAUGGAGAAAAACUGAGUAUUUGUCUAAGUGGGUUUGAAACAAAUGAGGAGAACAUGAGUUUUAUUGCUGUUUGAUUUGAAAAGGUUGCAGGUGAACAACUAUUUGAUUUCUUUUUGGUACAGAGGGAGGAGAGUGGAGGGAAUGAAGUGGGUUUGGUGGACACGUGGAGCUGGGUGUCAUCGACGCAACAAUUAAACUGGAUGUUGAAUUUACAGAGAGAUGAGGAAGUAAAAAGAUGAUUGAUGGAGGGGGGGCCCAGGACAGAACCCUGGGGGACACCGUUAGUAACUUAAAAUAUCUAAUAAAAUAAAACUUACUUUAGAUAAUUUAGUGUGACUUGAUUUUGGCGUGUCAGUGAUGUCUAAAUGUUGUGGAGGUUGUUUACUGGAACAUAGUCUCACUUUUAAAGAGCCAACAAAGUUGUAAGUUCCUGUCCCCCAACACAGGUUUGUUCUGUAAUAUUAGAUUGACUUACCCAGAUCAGAUUUUAAGGGCUGUUUACUCCCCUUAGUUAGGGCCUGUGUCCACUGGCAGCACCUUAUUCUGAUGUAAAACCAACACACUCCUCAGUGGCCGAGAUACCAGAAUCUCUUCAGGUUUAGCAAAAAAAAAGUUCUAAUUUGGGUAAACUUCAGUUCUUAGUAAAGUCUCUUUUAAAUCACCGACCAAUCAAAUUUAAGAAGGGGCGGGACUUCUGAUGUAAAAUAACAACAACAGUGGGGGUCUGUGAGGAGACUUAUCACUCAUUUUCUCAAUCAUGUAAUUUCUGUGUCUAAAUCUGUUGCUAAUGCUGCACAUCUAUUGAUUCUUCAAAGCCAUCAGUGGACACAGGCCCUUACUCACUGAAGCGUGUGAAUAAGAACAGCCCUUUUUGAUCUGUAUACUGAGACUUCAGAUGGUUAUCGUCGUCACUUGUUAAUAGCAGAAAGGAGAGUUUGUAGUUAGUGAAACUUGGACGUGAGAGAGUGAAGUUGUCAGUGAAAUCAUGAGUAUGAAUGGGUUUUGGAAACAGCCCUAGCAUGGGUCAUAUAGACAGUUAAAGACAAAUUAAGUAAUUGAAGGUUGGAGAGUAGUUGUUAAAUUAUUAGUUGAUGGAUCUCAUUGACUGAUAGAUGAUUAUUGCUCAUGCAGAGCAGUCCUCUCGUUGCUCUCUGACGGACUUUGUUUUCAGUAUGUUGUAGUUACAGUCUCAUCCCUCGGGUUUUCUCAGGAUCCAGGCUCCCAUCUGAAUCUCACAGUUCCCGCUCUCUUCUUGUUGUCCUACAUAACUGUAAUGAGUUUUAUCCCGGGGGGAGGGAACUGUCAAAAUUAUAAACAGACGAUGACAAAUUCUGCUCUAACCUGCUAAGAAGACUCACACGUAGGUAAUGCUUCUGAUUUAGAGUACGUACAACUUGUUCCAGGUCAGAACUGAAGAAACACGACUCCAUGAGCGAAGAGAACUUAAAACCUGGGUUAAAAUCUGCCCUGACACACUCACAGAGGCGGUUUACAUCAAGAAAGUAGAUUUCAUUAGAUAAGAUUCAAACAUAUAUUUAAUUCCAGCUUCGACUCGUGUCGUGCAGGUGUAGGAGAUGGUUGAGAUUUAAAGUGGAAAAAGAGCGGUCUGCAGCCAGCUGGCGGCGGCAGGUGACAGCAGCCCCUCCCACUCCGUGUGGGUCGGCACAGGAACUCUUCUGGGACUGCAGGGGGGACAGAUGCACAUUCACAAACGUCCAUCCUGUUUCCAGUGUGGUCGCAGGGCUUCCUGUUAUGUGGAACACGCCAAAUUAAAUGUCAAAACAAAUGAAAACAGAGUGUUAUUGUCAGAGUUAAUCAUAUCUCUAUCCCGACUCACUGCUGACAGCCGUAUUCCCGGGAGAAACGCUCUAUUCUUCUUUCUUAACCGGCAGGCUGCCUGUGUGCAGUUGUCUGUCUGAGCCUCACUCUUAGCUCAAGUGUCAGGGAAAAAGCCGCGUGUUUAACUCAACAAUAACCACGGCUCAAAGGCUUCAGGCAGGCAAAUCACAUGAGCCUUGUUUGGAUGGAGCCUGCGGCUGCGUUCACUUCUUAAAACGGAGACGAAAAACGGUUGAAAACAAGCAAACAGAAUACUGACGGACUAAUUUCAGGGUUUUUGGCACCAAACAUAUCUGACAUGUUCAUUAGUAUUGUGUUUAUGCCAGAGCGACCAUACGUCCUCUUUUACGCGGACAUGUCCUCUUUUGUUGGGGCUGUUCGGCCUUGUCCGACUUUGUCUGGGGAAGUAAAUAAAGUCCUUCAAAUAUUCAGGGUUUUGUAUGAAAGUUUCAAGUUUGUGUCACAUGGACUUACCAAGUUAGAAGCACGUAAAAGACACACGAUCCGACUCACCCCCUUGGAGUCAGGUCCGCUUUUAGGGAUUGAGAAUAUGGUCACCCUGGUUUAUACCAUCAAAUAUUCUCAAGAGGAGUUUUAACUUUAAAUUUAGGUAACUUUAAAUCAUGUGUCGCUGUAAUCAGAGUUGGCCACACUAACAAUAGUCUGUCAAUCAGUUUACUGUUAAUUAACAGAGGCUGUGUUUUGAUAUGCUGUUCAGAGAACUGCUCUUCAUGUUUUACUAAUUUUUCACGUCGAUGUUGGUUUAAAAAUCAAUUAUUGAAACUUUUACAUUCUGCUAAACUUUUUUUUAUUGUCAGUUGAGAAAGAAGAGGGAUCCAAACUUCGCUCUUAACGUGAUAAGAUGGAUCACAGACAACUUGAGCAAAAUCAUACGGCUUUUACGAAUAAUUUACGGUUUUAAUAAGAUACACAUUUAGUCAAAGGUUUGAGAUAUGAGUUUAAGAGAGGAGGAAAAAGAGGAAUUUUUUCAAGCCGAGGGAAUUUACAUGUAAAUGAGAGAAAAAUCCCACAGCGAGGCUCCGACUUUAGACCGUCACACCUUCAAACACACCUGUCAGGCCUGUCGUCUCUUCAGACUGUUAGAGUUAUGUCAUUUCACACAUUUUUGCAGACGUCUGAGCCUGAAAAGCUCAAAGAUGUGAUGUUGAUGCAUGGACACCAUCAUCUCUUCACCGUUUCUGUCUCACCUGUCAGAACCAGGUCUUUGUUUUACAGAGAUAAUCAGGGUUUCUAGAUGUCUCACUCUUCAGCAGAUCAGCUCCUUAAAACAAUAAUAUUCACACAUGCAGAUCACUUCUACAUCGACGCUGACUUAAAUAGAUUCAAGAGAUGCUCAGAAGGUCAGAGGUCAGCCUUUGACUGUCAGCUCCUCUUUUUAACUGUGUUGUUUGACCAUGAGAAGUGAUAGAAAUCCGACUGUUCAGACUUACAGGCUGUUUUUUUAGCUCCUGCUCCUGAUAAAAAGUGAGUCUCAGUGGAUUUAUCCUCCACCUGGCCCUUUGAGCUCCUGUCUCCUUCCUGUCAUCCUUUAAAUCUCCUCCGUCUUCCUCCUCUCAGCUGUGUGAUCCGGUGUUUGUGUCAUUGGCUUUACGCAUUAGAGCCGCGCAGCAUCAACGACGGCGAGCUGCCUGACGGCGUCUCAGGAGCAAGUUUGACGGUUUCUGCAGCGGAAAAGUCGUGAUGCGUGAUGAUGAUGCAUUUUUCUGAAAUAACAGAUCGACUCGUUAAAAAGAGGAUCGACUUUGAUUCAGAGCAGCUUUAUCUUCAUUAGCCGUAAAGUGUGUAUCCCUGCGGUUACAGUCACAAGAUGUGUGUGUGUUUGUCCUUGCUAAUAAAGUGUAAUCUGAUCAGUGAGUCCAACCAAACAAAGGUUACCUUGAGAGGAACAAGGUUGCGGUCACAUUGUUUGUGUGUCACUGGAGCAGGACAACACCGUUCACGAGUCACUUUAACUCGAUAUAAAACUUUGUACUUGUUAAAUUUGAUCUGUUUAGUUCCUGGUUGUUCAGAAAACAAUAAAGCAGAAUUCAUGUUGUAUUUGUGGAUUUUUAAACCUGCAGUUUGAGACACCGUAGAGUUUUCCUUUUGAACAGAGGUGGACGGACAUCCUGCAGAUUACAGGUUUGAUCUUUGUGCGGUUAAAUGAAAUUAUUAACUCACUAUGAAGAUGCAUUUCUGAUCAGCCUUUUUUAGUUUUCUCAAAGCAGAUCAAACUUACAAACUAUUUGUGCAUCAGGUUAGAAAAGUGUGAUCUGAAGUUUGGAUAAAUUAAUAUUUUUCAUCUCCAACUUGUAAAACUAAAGAAGCGUAUUACAUUAUCCAAAAAAAGCAGUUUUCAGACUUUUUUUCAGAUUUUAGGGCUGUUUUUUGUUUGUUUUUCAGACUAAUUGUUUUUUUCUGUUCUCUGGGAUCAUGAUCUUUUAAAAACAGACACUUUCCUCCCCCUCUGCUCGAGUUAUUGGAAGCAAACAUGGCCCACUUGUUCAAUUUAAUCAAGUUUGACUUUCUUUUGGGUUGAGACUCUGAGAGAUCCUCCUUUCUUUAAGUCGAAUAGAUGGAAUCGUCAUAAGUUUGUCUACUUAGGAUGAUUCCCUAUGUUUAACUUGUAAGAUGCUUUACUCUCUUUGACCCCGUAGUCAGAGUUAUGUAGGAGCUGGAGAACCCGCUGAUUUGGAGCAGCAGCGGUGGUUCACAUGAUCUGAUUGUAUGAGAUUCUCGCAGGAUUUUGAAGUAUCUUGUUUUAUCUGGAAAAAAAUAGUCAGAAAAACUAUAGACAAAAAAAAUUGUACGAAAAAGAGAAAAAAAAAUUGUCAAAAAAAAAGAAAGAGGUUGAAAAAAUAUUAGUUAAAAGAAAAAAGUCAGAAAAACAGCAAAUAUUUUUUUAUUUAAAAAAAAACUGCUUUUUUUUAUUAAUUUUUUUAAAAAUGGAUUUGUAUUUUUGUAGUGCAUUUUCUCUCUUAAAGUACAGAUUUUUUUCAGGCAUUGACAUAAUUUCUUUCCCAAGUUUCACUAGAAGAAGACAAAGUCUGGUGUAAAUAUCUGCAUUACCACCUCUUCGACUUUUUGAAACUUCGAUCAUCUAUAAAUGUUCUGAAAGACGUAUGUUGCCCCCUGAAAACAGCGGCUAAAAUUGUCUUUAAAAUCGUCUUUUGUUGGUGAACGAUCUAAAUAUCCUGCUUGCAGAACAGUUUGCUUGUUAGCCUCCCUGCAGAAGAUCCAUGUGGGUCAGUUUAGAUGCUAAAGUUGCGACCCUGCUUCUUAAAAGUUUCUGUUUGAGAUCUUUCUUGAUUGCAGCAGAAGUUUGAGAAUUUGACACCAUUUUCUGCUGUCGAGCAAUAACAGAACUUUUUCCUAGAGGUGGUGUUACGUGGAGGUUUUGUUGUGUUUCAUGAGAUUUCUGCCACAGCCAGAGUCAUGCUCCUCCUCCUGUUGGCUCCUCAGGUGUCCUUUUUAAUGGAGCCCUGAGUACAGAUGUGAUUACAAACCUGCAGGGAAAUGCUUUUGUUGCCAUCACAGAUGUUAACGGUUGCUGACGUGCUGACUGGCUGAAUGAGACCACAAUCUGUGACCUGAACCCUGAUGGGUUUUCCCUUCUGGCCAAGUUUGGAUGAAGUUUGGAGUGAAAAUGAAAAACAGUCCACCUCACAAACCCGAUCGCUGCAUUACUCAUUCUCUGACCUGAGUUAUUGUUGUGGUAUUUCAGAUUUGGAGGCUCCUGCUCUAAUGUUUGAGUGUUUGGCUGUUCGCUGUGUGAAGUAGUUUGUCAUUAACGUGUCGUUUAUCGUCGGUUCGUCGGUUCGUCCACUACUGUGUGAGCAGCGAAUGUCCAUCAGUGAUAAAUUAGGGAUUGUGCCUUCCACCUCUCUCAUCUCCCUGUUCUUCUAUUCUUAGCCGGUGUGUGGUGAGCGAAGGGUUUAGAGUUACAGAGACUUCUCCCUCUCUCUCUCUUUUUAACUCCUCUUCCUCGCUCUGCUUCUUCUUCCCCUCUCAAACUGCAGGGCUGCUGCUGCUGCUGCUGAUGAUGAUCACUGUAAGGUGGAAAUUAAGCUUACAUAAGCGUGUGACCUGAAGGAUACCGCCACAUAUUUAUCCAGCCUCUGCUCUGCUGAGUAUUGGAGAUGCCUUAUUGGAAAUGCAUCUAUUAUUAUCGCCGCACGUUACUGAAGCGCUCUGGAUAGGAUAGGCGGAUAGGCCCUGUGUGACGGUCAUGGAAGUUUUUGGCGAGGGCAGUGGUGCUGAAAUGUACAGCAGGGGGUCCCCCAUUGAAAAUAAGGACAAAGAGAUUUACUGUUUUAUCAUUAUUUAAAUCCUCAGGGACACACUGGUGUCCUGAGGGGGAGGGGAACAUCUCCUGAUUGUUAAAUAGUCAGCAAAGGCAUCAAAAGUUCUCAAUAUUUGGAAAUAAUCAGAGAAAAGGAAGUUUUUUUUUUUAUCCCUCCAAAGUUACGAUAAACUUUGAUUUUGUUACAUUUUCCUUUCCAGUCCUUUCCUCUGAAACAACAUCAACAAGUGAGGAGAAAGAAAGUGUUGUUAGAGAGUAUGCUGUUGGCGUGGAGUACCACAGGGGUCUGUCCUUGGUCCUCUGUCGUUUCGCUCUGUAUCUUGCACCACUCGCUCAGAAAGUGUUUUCUUUUUUUAGCAUCAUUUCCACCUCUAUGUUGAUGACCUGCGGUUAUAAAUGCUGGUUGUUGCAGGAAAUAAAAAUGGUUGUAGAACAGAGUGUAUGCAUCUUUUUGCAUCAUUUUUAGGUUCUUCUGAGUAAAUUCGUGAAGAACCUAAAAGUGAUGAAUUCGCUGCUACAUUUUGUCACAGGUUGGAGAGUAUAAAGCUCUAAAGUUUGUCAUUUCUAACAUCCAGACUUUAAACCUAAAUGUCUCUUUUGCAACAACCAUGCCGAAUAAAUAAUUAAGAUGUUGAGUGGCAAACAAACACGUGUGCAUGGAUCUGAUUUAGUGAUGCAGAAACAUAUUUAAGGGACGUAACUGAAAAUAUCAGAGUAAAGUUUGUUUAAUUUGGGGAAAGAAAAGAAAAGGUGACUCCAAGUGUCGUCUGCUGGUGUUUCAUGACGUGUGUCUGCUACCAAAGUUUGUGAAUGAAAUCAUCUACAGAAUAUAACAUCGUCAAGGAUUGAGAGAAUUUGGAGAAAUCUACAAAACUGAAAAGGCCCGGAAUAAACGUCUGUGAUAUUCAGGCCCUGCAUUUAAGAGACAUGACUCUGGGCUCUAAAUCACCUCCACAAAACCAUUAUCUGUGAACACAGUUUGUUGCUGCAUUCAUAAAUGAAAUCGUACCAUGAAAGAGAAACAUAUUUAGAAGCUGCAGGAGGGACCUGUUGAGAAGCCAGCAUCCGUGUGUGUAUGAGGGUCCAUAAGAGCCCACAACACGGGUCGAUUACACAUCUGAAGGACAUCAAAACUGCUGAUCUAUAUAUAAGAGUAUUGGAGUAACAUGCUGCCGUCCAGACAGAGCCUCUUUAAUUUUCAGUUUGCUAUUAUGAAGAUAUUUUCAUGGUUUUUAUGUGUCAGCAGAAACAGUUUCUGACUUUAAAAAAAGUCAUUUUAGUCAAAGUCAGAUUGAAUUUAUGACAAAAUAUGAAACUAACUGAGGCCUCUGUUAAAACUAAACCUCACAAACAUGUUCUCUCUCUCUGUCUCUCUCUUGCUCUCUCUCUCUCUCUCUCUCUCUCUCUCUCUCUCUCUCUUGCUCUCCCUCUCUCUCUCUCUCUCUCUCUCUCUCAGUGCCUCCUGCCCAGAGUGUGCAGCGGUGUGUAUGAGAGAGUGUGUGUGUAUGUGAGCCGGAGCCGCAGGAGCCAUGUCUGACCCCAGGGACAUCGACGAGGAUGCCAUCCUCAAGGGCCUCAGUCCAGAGGAGCUGGAUCAGCUGGAGUAUGAGCUGCAGGAAAUGGACCCAGAGGUACAGAGGGGGGUCCGAUUCUGAUGCUACAGGUCCACGAGUCCAGAAAGAGCAAAAUCUCAACCUUUGAUUCCCUGCUUUCCCAGAAUGCCAUGCUGCCCGCUGGCUUCCGGCAGCGUGACCAGACGAAGAAGAGUCCGACGGGUCCAUUUGACCGCGACGCCCUGCAGCAGCACCUGGAGAAAGAGGCCAUGGAGCAGCCGGACAGGGAGGACCUGGUCCCCUUCACUGGGCAGAAGAAAGGUGGGGGCGAGUUAGAGGACCAUGUCUAAGGGACCAAACAAAUCUAGAUAACUUCUCCUAGAUGCUGUUUCUAUAUUGUUACAGUGACUCCUCAGAUAUGAAGACCUGGAUGGGCUGUUUUCUUCCAGCUCUGCCUCAUAGUUCGGGGUCUGUGCAGGUUGUUUUUGCAGAUCAGGGGCCAUUUGAGAGCGACAUACUCGGACGUACACCAGGGAGCGAUCGGCUAAUUACAGCAGAGUUCCCAUGCUGCUCAUCUUAUAAACGGGAAUAGAUAACAAAACAGAGAUCUGUGCGUCCUGUAAUCUUUAAACUGUGAGAAAAGACAACAAAAGUCCGGCUCCAGAAGACAACUGAGUUUAUUGGAGCUGCUCCAUAAAUCCCUGAUAAGCCCGGGCUCACCCGUGUUUGGGAAACAUGAUCCCAACGGAGCUUUUACCAAAACAGAGACAAAUGUCCGCUGUAGAAGAGCCUCCUGUCAGAUAACAGGAGGAGAAAAGAAGUCGUCUGAGUUCGACUCUCCACUUUUAUGUCUUCGGUCGUAUCUGAACUCCUCCGUCUCUUCUGUCUGCAGGAAAAGCUUUUGUUCCAAAGCCCCCAGCAGAGAUCCCUGCACACGAACAGGUGCUGCUGGAGCCGGAGCUGGAGGAGGCUCUGAAGAACGCCACGGAUGCAGAGAUGUGUGAUAUCGCAGGUAAGACCAACACCCCUAAACCCCUAAAUGUGUACAAAUGUCCGCCCCUCCCACAGUGUCCUCUGUCUGUCCUCGCCCUGUUUCCCAUCAGCUUAUUAAGACCGUGACCUCGGUGUGUCCUCAGAACAGCUCUGACCCACAUAGAUCUAUUAGACAGACCCGGUUAUCUCCCUGCUGUUCCGGCUCCAUAUUGUUCCUGAGCUCAGUGGUCUCACAUGCAAAGGGGGUCUAAUUCCCCUUCGCUCAGCAGCACCAAAAUAAAUGAGCCCGGUGAGGGACGUCAGUGUGAAGGAAGGGUGGAGUGGACAUGGAGACGGUGGGGGCAGAGAAGAUAGUCUAUCUGUUUACGACAGACCAGGAGGAAGCUGCUGUGUCCACGGAGAGACGAGCGACAGUUAGUUUCCUGCAGAGAACUGAAUCAACAGUUUAGAGAGGAGUCUACGGCUCGUUCAUACAUGAAAACAUCAGGAAGGACGUGGUCACAGAUCAGACGUUUAGAGUUCAGAGUUCUUAAUUAUCUCUCAGAGUUUAAUGACAGUCGAGCUGUUUGGUUGCAAAUGAAUCCACCAAAGCGAUCUGAAAUGUCGUCUUUGUGUCGAAAAUAUGAGUUUUACAUGUUGGGAAAGUUUAUAAUCCUCGUCUUUGGUAAAUAACCGGAUAAACGGCAGAGGAAGUGUGAAACUGUGAGCUUUAAGAGUUCAUCAUCCAGGAGAGUGAAGAGUGAUGUCUCUCAGGAGGAGACUGUUUAAAGUCUUUUUAUCCAGUUUGAUGUGGAUUUGCUGAAUUUUGAGUUAACCAAAAAUUUACUGAUACCAAAAUUUAUGAAAAUAACCGACGUCAUUUUGUCCAUAUCGGUAUAUUUGGUGUAAAAUAGAUAAAUCAAUCAAAGUUGUUUUUGGAUGUGUGUAGGUAGGCUAUGGUCUCAUGUCCCUUUAAGACACUGUCCUACAUCAGACACGUGACUCCACCCCAUCCAGUCAAAGAGGGAAAGACAGGUGAGGAGAUGGAGGACGGAGAGAAAGUUGUAGCGGCUGAAGUAGACGAAGUUAAUGUGGGAGGGGGUGAGCAGCUUGUGGAGUAGUUAUCGUCCAUUUAUCGUUAUCAAGGUGAACUGAUCAAUAUAUCGUGAUAUUGAUUUAAGGACAUAUCGCCCAGCCCUAUUAUGAGCCCUUUUACUGUCAAAUAGACCUCAUGAUUGGGAAGUAUCUGUCACCUCUACUUCUCAAAACUCAUGUUGGCAUUAUUUAUGGUUACCCCUUAAUCACUGUCCACAGCUGAUGGUCACUUCUGGCCUGAAAAAACCAACAUAUGAUGACCUGACGGAUGAUGAAAUCAUGUUUUUCUUGCUGUGACAGAUUAUUGUUGGAAACUUCGAUAAACUCCUGUAACUUUGACGUAGCUAGGUUGUGUUGCUCCUCACCCCGCUGAAUAAGAGCUAAACUGACCUGACUUUAAAAAUCGGUUAAAUUGAAUCAUAAAAGUCUUUUCUCUCCUCGGUGUGAACACCCUGUCUCACUCUAACAGGCCGAACAGACGGGCAGGCAUCCGGAAAGGCCGAGCAGGGGGAGCCUAUUUGUCCGGCUCCAUCAGCCUGUCAGGGAGACCACCGCCGUUUUAACCCUGGAUGGAGUCCAGCUGAGGAUUAAACCUCAGUUAGCCCCUGUCACUCUUUUGUGUGGGCUUUUUGGCGAACAGGCUAAAAGGGGAUGAAUAGCCUGGCUGUCCCGCUUCAUGAGUUCAGGGCGGUACUGGUCCAACACGUCCCCCUGGUGACUUCAUUUCCACUUUUCUUUGAGUUAACGUGUCGCUAUAUUGAGAUUUUCCCUUCUCCGCGGUGUAGCUCACGCUGUGAAGCUACUGUGGGUUAUUCUAAGAGCUAAACUGGAUGACGGCGGGGUGUUUAUGGUCGGUAACGCCCCCCUGAGCAGGCAGCUGUCUCCCUCUGCCUCCCUCUCCUCACAAGGCCUCCCCCACGAGACCCCACACACCAGGUCAGGAGGCUGGAAGGUGGACUGAGGGUGGAGAGGAGGGGCUGCUGUCACUGCAGUUGGUGUGUGACACAGUUUAGCAGGUUUCAAGAGCGAGAAAGAGCCAGGUAGUCUGCCCCCUUCUGGUCUCAAACUGUAACUGCAUGUGAAGAAGUUCCUCCUGCUAAUAAAAAGAGAUGAUAUUCCCAGCAGAGGAGAGACUGCGUGUGUGUUCCUCAGACAGUGACCCACUUCUGUUGUCACUACAUCCUUUGGGUCUCUGAAAACUGGAAGAUUACAACCAGCGCCUGAGUCUCCUGCUGAGUUUGGAUAACGCCGCUCUUAUCUUGUCAAACAGAAACACUCAGCAGAGCCAAACACGAGGCCGAGGGAAAACACAGACUGGGACUCAUUUGGUUUUGGACUCAGAAUCGGGUCCAGAUCAGACACAGUUUGUUUGCAAACACUCGGGGAUGACAGAGACGCAGAGAGAAAGAAAGAGCGCGGGUGUGUUCAUCUUUGUGUGUGUUUGUGUCCUCGCAGCUAUCCUGGGAAUGUACACGCUGAUGAGCAACAAGCAGUACUACGACGCGCUGGGCACCACGGGAACCAUCGCCAACACAGAGGGCAUCAACAGUACGUACAUGUGUGUGUGUGUGACGGUCCACUCAGGACGGCUUAGACUACUGUGGAAAGUCAUCACUGUGCUGAAGUGAAGCGUGGCGUUCAGUGGUCAGGUAGCGACAAGAAAGAGAAGGUUUUUUUAUAUUAUAUUUGAAGCAGUAGUGUCUGCAGGAAUCAGAAAAAUGCUUCAUAUGAAUGAUCGAUGUAAAUGGUGAUGGUCUGGUUUUCUUCUGUAGUUCAUAUAGAAGCUUUAGAGUUUAAUUCAGUAGGAGUUAAAAACUCCUUAUGGGAGCUUUAAAUAGACUAUAAUGUGUGGCCUUGUGAUCAGUUGCUCAAUGAAGGUGUGAAUUCAAUAACUAAUCCCUUCAAUCAGCGUCCGUGUCUUUGAGAUACAUGGAAUAGUGAACAUUACACACUGUGUGACUCCUCUGCUGUGAUGCUGCGUCUCCUGCAGGUGUAGUGAAAGCAGAUCCUUUCAAGGUUUUCCCUGAUGAGCCUCCCAACACCACCAACGUGGAGGAAACCCUGGAGAGGAUCCUGAACAACGACAGCAGCCUGACUGAAGUCAACCUCAACAACAUCAAGGUGAGCGGGACACAGGAAAGAGUUUAACCGAACCGUUUAGAUAUUUUCUGAAUCUUUUUACACUCAGUUUUCCAUGUAUUAAUAUUACUUUACUCUGUCAACAUAUGUGAGCACUUUCUGUGUGCGCUGCAGGACAUUCCCAUCCCAACACUGAAAGAGAUCUUUGAGGCGAUGAAGGGAAACUCUCAAGUGGAGUCUCUGAGUAUUGCUGCAACCCGAAGCAACGACCCUGUGGCUUAUGUAAGUAUGACAUUUUUUAAGACAGCUGACGACUCUUUUAUAUAUAACUUUACUGUUAAGGAUUUAAUUCUCUGUUAUAUAUUCUUGGAGCCACAUAUGUCACAAAUAAACAUCUGACUUACCGUUUUAAACCUGCGCCCUGCAGCCCCGUUAUUCCUCCAGACGGCUGAUUUUCUGACUUAAGUCCAUAAUUCAACUAAAGCCGCUGGAUUUCAGGGUUUCUUGGGGUAAAACAAAAAUCUAAGAGGCUUUUUAAGCGUCUUAACUUUUAGCAUAAGAGGAAAGGUUUUCACGUAAGGAUAAACGUUUUUAUGAGGAUGUAGCGAGGCGCUUUAAAAACAGUAUUUCCUGAUAUGUGUGUUACUGUGUGUGUCAGGCGUGUGCUGAGAUGCUGCAGGAGAACACCAGCUUGCAGAGUCUUAAUAUCGAAUCCAACUUCAUCACUUCAGACGGCAUGAUGGCGAUCAUCAAAGCUGUGGCCAAAAACGUCUCACUGGUGGAGCUCAAGAUUGACAACCAGGUCUGAAACAUCAAGUUUGAGGCUUAAACAACUCGGAUUUUAUGAACUCAAAUGGGUUGAGACUGUUCAGACGUGAGAUUUUCUUCUUCUUACCGACACAGAGGCAGAAGCUCGGCGACUCCGUUGAGAUGGAGAUCGCCUCCAUGCUAGAAAACAACUCCAGCAUCCUCAAAUUCGGCUACCACUUCACCCAGCAGGGUCCCCGCGCCAGAGCCGCCAUGGCCAUCACACGAAACAACGACAUGCGUGAGAAACACAAACUUUUUAAAACUCCAGAGAUUUACUCUGAACUCUGCAGAAGAGAACGAGAAUUUUCAGUCAGAUGUUGUUUAAUAAAAGUAGAAAAAACAAAUUUCUGAGUUUAAUAUUUAUUCAGGGUGAAAAUCUUUCUUUCCUGAUAUUUUCUUCCUGCAGUUCGUCAGCAGAGAUUAAGAUGAGGACGGCGCGGAGCAAACAGAGGAAAUUACAGACAAACAGCCGGUGUGCCAGCUUUCCCAGCAUCGGCGCUGGAGUUGAAUGAGUUUUCCCAGAUGAAGCUGGAUUAUUGUGCAUGGUGCAACCCAAUUAACAUCCAUGACUGAUCAUUUCAUUUCAUUUGCCACCUCCAGCUUUUGUGUAGACUGCUGAUUGAUCAUAAAGGCAUGUAUAGGUCACAAGCAAAAAUGUGAAGUGUCUUUUUUUUAUGCUUUUAGUUUGUGCAUCGCCGACAUUCAUCCCCAAACCGAAACAAGUUAACCCCUUUUCAUCCAUGAAAACACCUUUCUAAUGUGGUGCUAUCUGUGGGAGGAAAACCUACUGUAAAUACUUUAAAUAAAAAUCUAUAUUCAAGUAUUUUUUGUAAA